AUGCAUCUCCACAUCCUGGUUGGCCUGACUAUCGUUAUUUAUUUCGUCGCAGACAUUAGCGCAACUGAACCGACAGGCUCCAUGUCAAGUGUUAACGACGAGGUCGACUUCUACAAUGUCAGCAAGACUAGGGUUUCCGACACGAGAUUCUUGAGAAUUGUUGUCGAUGGUAACGAGGAAGAGAGAACGGGACUCUCCGUUCCUCCUUCAGAAAAGCUCAAAUCCUGGUUAAAGUCGUCGAAUAUAACCCCAGAAAAACUUCAGAAAUGGCUCAACAAGGAAAAAUCGCCAGACAUCGUCUUCUCGCGGAUGCAGCUUACGAAGGCUGGCGACUUGUUGUUCUACAACUCCAAGUUCAGUACCUGGCUCCAAUACGUCGACGAUUUGAGUAAAACCUCGAAAGAGGAAGUCUCCGCGAUCAAAACGCUGACUGCCCGGUAUGGCGACAGUAAGCUGUAUGGUAUGAUAAAAAGUAUCAAGAGAUUCCCGGAAGAGAAGAGCCUUGCAACGAGACUUGAGGAGGAGCAGAUGCAGCACUGGGUCAAUCUCCGCAAAGAUCCUGAUGAGAUAUUUCAGCUGUUUAAUCUUGCCGAAAACAGGAGGUACAUUUUCCGUCAUCCCGAAUUCACCACUUGGGUCAAGUACGUCGACAGUUUGAAAGCUAAACAUCCUAAAGAACCAGUGUCGAUGACCCAGACACUGACGAAAUAUUUUAGCGAUAAAUAUCUACUCGAAUUGGUAAAGGAAGCAGAAGUGAGAAAGGGGUCUAAAACCGUUGCCACUAAGGUGGAGGAUGAUCUUUUGGAGUUCUGGCUAAAAGAUGGAAAGUCACCCGAUGAUGCUCUGGUGGAGGUCGGGCUUGGCAUGUACAGAUAUUUUCAUUUGGAGAACCCAAUGUUUGACACUUUGGCCAAGUAUUUACGAGUUUAUAACUCAAAGUAUCCCGACAAGAAAACUACAAUGAUCGAGCUAUUAACGAAAAAGUUUGGAGACGGAGAUGUUUCGGCGAUUCUUACAGAGGCGAAACUAGUAGACGCGACGACAAUCAGCUCAGUUGGAGAUGUGGCUGAGCAAAGGGAAGUCUGUCGCACGUGGGUAUCGUACAUGAACACCAUCGCCACAAACAACCCUCAUGAUGUGCAUGCGAUAUUCUCGUCUUUGGAGUCUCAGUACGUUGGGCGACCACUGCUCCAAAUCCUUGAAGCAGCCAAACAGUAUCCCAGUAUGGAAAACACUGCACUCGGAUUGCAGACGAAAACGAUACGAAGCAUUUUCGCGAGUGGGGAAACUCCUGCGGUCGCGUUUUCUCAGCUUGUGCUUGACCAGGCGGGGGACGGUCUUCUCAGCAACCCACUGUUCAAGAACUGGAUGGAAUACGUCAAGGACUUCAACAAGAAAAACCCGGAAAAGCAGGAAUCAUGGUUUCAACCGCUUCGUAUCGCCUACCAAUGGAGAAUCGAGAAUAUGAUCGCGAGGGCGAAACAGAAUCCAACUACGGUGAACAUCGCCAAUACUGUCGAGCGGGCGUGGCGAAAGCAAUGGGUGGAAUGGAAUUACGCUCCAAGCGCUGCAUUUAAGUUCUUUCAAUUAAACAGAGCAUAUGAAAAGACUCUUCUCAGUCCAGAGUUCAAGGUAUGGGUUAAGUAUUUGAACUAUUUCAAUCGGCAGCAUCCAGACAAGAAGGAGACUAUAAUUGACGGGAUGAAGGCUAGCUACAACGACAUAAACAUACUGCUGAUACUCAAUGCAGCGAAGAAAGACCCCAAUACGAAGAAGAUGGUGACGUACUUGCAGAAUGAACUUGUCAACAAGUGGGUAGUUGCGAACGAGGAUCCGGCGGUCCUGAGGAGGAGAUUCAGUGGCACUGUGGAAAACGGCGAAGAAAUGGUGCAGCGUUAUAUCAAGAAGCGCGAAGCGAUGUCUGCAACGACUUCAUGA